CGCGAGAAAGCCGAGUAUAUUGCGCGAAAUCUCACUUUCACGCCCGGACCCGUAUCUGCAUCAUUCUCCGUUCCAUCAGUGGAUCAAGUUCUACACGCCUUCAUGUCCGCCAAACCAGCCUCUAAGUCAGUCAACACCGCCAUCAGCCAGCUUUUCAGCGAUGUCAAGGAGAUGGUGACCGAACUUAACGCUCUCAAGAAGCAUAAGUUCAACUCCCAACUCGCUGAACAAGACGAUGCUGCCUUCGCCAACCUGACUGGACUUCCGGAUAUCAAGAACUUCGAACGACUCACUCAACAGAGUGACGACAAUUUCGGAAUGCCUUAUUCUACUAGCCCUUCAUUCACGCCGCCAGACCAAUAUUCUCGAAAACGACUAGUUCAAGUUUUCACACCUUUUGUGAAUAACCCCACCUCAGAAAUGAGCUAUUCACUAAAGAUCCCUCCCAACAUGCUGAUUCGACCGAUCGAAGAGAAAACGACUACUGCCGCUACGACGACUACUGCUGCCAC